AUGGCGGAGCUGCAGAUGCUGCUGGAGGAGGAGAUCCCGGGGGGGCGUCGGGCCCUGUUCGACAGCUACACGAACCUGGAGCGGGUGGCCGAGUACUGCGAGACCAACUACAUCCAGUCAACAGAUAAGCAGCGAGCUCUGGAAGAAACCAAAGCCUACACAACCCAGUCAUUAGCAAGCGUAGCCUAUCUGAUCAACACUUUGGCCAACAAUGUUCUCCAAAUGCUGGAUAUCCAGGCAUCCCAGCUUCGGCGCAUGGAAUCGUCAAUCAACCAUAUUUCACAAACGGUGGACAUUCACAAAGAGAAAGUUGCUAGAAGAGAAAUUGGUAUCUUGACUACAAACAAAAACACCUCAAGAACUCACAAAAUCAUUGCACCAGCUAACUUGGAGCGACCAGUUCGCUACAUCAGGAAACCUAUUGAUUAUACAGUUCUAGAUGAUAUUGGACAUGGAGUGAAGUGGUUGCUUAGAUUUAAGGUCAGCACACAGAAUAUGAAGAUGGGUGGACUGCCUCGUACAACACCACCCACACAGAAGCCGCCAAGUCCACCGAUGUCAGGAAAGGGAACUAUUGGCCGUCACUCUCCCUAUCGUACGCUAGAGCCAGUACGUCCCCCAGUGGUACCAAAUGACUACGUGCCUAGCCCAACACGCAAUAUGGCUCCCUCACAACAGAGCCCUGUUAGAACAGCUUCUGUGAAUCAGAGGAAUCGCACAUACAGCAGCAGUGGGAGUAGUGGAGGAAGCCACCCAAGUAGUCGGAGCAGCAGUCGAGAGAACAGUGGAAGUGGAAGUGUGGGUGUUCCUAUUGCAGUUCCCACACCAUCUCCUCCCAGUGUCUAUCCAGCCCCUGCUGGCUCUGCUGGCACUUCUCCCCUUCCUGCUACCUCUGCUCCUGCCCCUACUCCUCCUGCUCCUGCCCCUCCCUCUGCUGCCCCAGAUGCUGCUGCUGCUGCUGCAGGAGCUCAGCCCCUUGCUGAUGGCUUCACCUCUCCAACUCCCCCUGCUGUUUCUUCCACACCCUCUACAGGUCACCCAGUUCAGUUCUACAGCAUGAACAGGCCUGCCUCUCGACACACACCCCCAACAAUAGGGGGAUCUUUGCCAUAUCGGCGUCCUCCUUCUAUCACAUCACAGACAAGCCUUCAGAACCAGAUGAAUGGAGGACCAUUUUAUAACCAGAACCCAGCAUCCCUUGCUCCUCCUCCCCCCUCCAUUCUACAGGUAACUCCACAGUUACCACUAAUGGGAUUUGUGGCCAGAGUUCAAGAAAACAUUUCAGAUACUCCUCCCCCACCACCACCUGUGGAUGAGCCAGUGUUUGAUGAAUCUCCGCCUCCACCCCCACCUCCAGAGGAUUAUGAGGAAGAGGAAGCAGCUGUGGUGGAGUAUAGUGAUCCAUAUGCUGAGGAGGACCCUCCUUGGGCCCCGAGGACCUACUUAGAAAAGGUGGUGGCGAUUUAUGAUUACACGAAGGAUAAAGAAGAUGAGCUCUCGUUUCAGGAAGGUGCCAUCAUUUAUGUCAUCAAGAAAAAUGAUGAUGGCUGGUAUGAGGGAGUCAUGAAUGGAGUGACAGGGCUCUUCCCAGGGAACUAUGUGGAGUCGAUCAUGCAUUACUCGGAGUGAAGAAUAGAGAACGGAACACUGCAUCUGCUGC